AUGGCCUUGCAGCUGGUAAUCGAGAGAUCAGUGACGGCGCUGUCCGUCGACACGGAGCCAAUGUCCUACACUUGGGGGUUUUACAACCACGAUUUCUUGAGCACCUACUGUGCCACCAUGGUCCAGCUCUGUGAAGCCCUCGGCCGUUCUGUCCAGGUGGUGAACUUAGACCCCGCGGCGGAGCAUUUCAACUAUGAUGUGAUGGCUGACAUCCGGGAACUGAUCAAUGUGGAUGAUGUGAUGGAGGAAGGCUCCCUGCGCUUCGGUCCCAAUGGAGGACUGGUUUUUUGCAUGGAGAACUUUGCCAAUAACUUUGAGUGGCUGGAGAACUGCCUUGGCCAUGUCGAGGAUGACUACAUCCUUUUUGACUGUCCAGGUCAGAUUGAGUUGCACAUACACCUGCCCGUGAUGAAACAGCUGGUUCAGCAGCUGGAACAGUGGGUGUUCCGAGUCUGUGGAGUGUUUCUCCUUGAUUCUCAAUUCAUGGCGGAGUCGUUCAAGUUUGUUUCUGGCAUCUUGGCAGCCUUGAAUGCUAUGGUAUCUCUAGAAAUCCCGCAAGUUAACAUCAUGACAAAAAUGGACCUGCUGAGUAAAAGAGCUAAAAAGGAAAUUGAGAAGUUUCUAGAUCCAGACAUGUAUUCUUUAUUAGAUGAUUCUACAAGCAACUUCAGAAGCAAAAAAUUCAAUAAAUUGACUAACGCCAUAUGUGGGCUGAUUGAUGACUCCAGUAUGGUCCGAUUUUUGCCUUACGAUCACUCAGAUGAAGAAAGCAUGAACAUUGUAUUACAGCAUAUUGAUUUUGCCAUUAAGUACGGAGAAGACUUGGAAUUCAAAGAACCCAAGGUUUAUGAAGAUGAGUUGUCUUCUAUGUUGGAUGAAUAUUUUCAAGAAUGCCAGAACAAAUGA